UGAGCAAAUGCAGCACACACACAUGGUUGGUAUGUUAUGUUCCCAGUUAAGGUUGAACGAAGGAAGUUGGUGUUUGAGAACUUUUGUUGCUUCAACUUCUUCAGCUCCUGAUUCAUACUACAGAUCUAUCACACCCACCUUCUGAUUUCACAGCAAUUUUUAAGAAUGUUCUGGAAAUGGAAUGAGAAUGACCAACUGUUACAAAUUCUACACCAUGAAUUUUUCAUACAAAUCAGUUCGAUGUGAUGUAGAUCCUGAUCCUGCAGGCCUCACUAUGAGUAGAGCAUUUUCCUCAAAGAAAUCUUCCACUUUACCUCCGCCACCUACACCAAUCACAGUUGCAUCAUCCUGUGCAAAAAAGAAGCCAAGUCCUAGAAGCCCUUUGCAGGAUCUCAACCGCAUUUCCAGCAGCAGCAACAGUAGCUAUGCUUCUUCUAGUGUUUCCACUGAGGCCCCAAAGGGUUGCCUCAGGUUCUUGUCUUCCUCUUCUUUUAGAACUCCUGUCCAUAGACCCAAGAGUCUCACCAAAACUCCCAGCUCAGUCCCUCAUGCAGUUGCAUUGAAACAAUCUAAAUCCAAUUCCUCCAAGGAAAACCUUCCAAAGGGAAAUUCUGGGAUCAGAACUAAAACACUUGCAUCGGAUAAGGCACAGACGCGUAGGAAGAAACCCCCAUGCCUCUACCAAUGGCAGCCUGGGAAGAAAUCUUGGUCUAUGACUGGCCAAAAGUCUAAGCCUUGUUCUGCUUUGAAUGAACAUGGCAAGCUUUUACCUAGAUUGCCAUCUGCAUCGAAGGAGUUGAAGCAUAAGGAGGAUAUCCUGGGAGGGCUAAAUGAUAAUGCUUGUGAGCAUGCCCAUCUCAAAUUGUGUCUUGGUGAUGUAAACUCGACUCCGAGUAAAAAGGUUAUCGGGUCGUAUUUGGGAGAUGUUAGAGUUUUUGAGGAUGUGGAAGAGAAUCCAAAUGCAAGCAUUAGUAGAACACCUCCAAUUCAUGAUUCUGUUUCCCCGGAGAUACAAUGUGGGUCUUCUUUGGUUUCAAAAACCACAACACCUGCUUGUUAUGGUGCUGGCUAUGUUGUUUCUGGUGUUGCUGACAAGAGGAAAUGUAGGCCGAGAGGGAUUCUCACUGUCGAAAGGUACUAUUCAGGCUGUGAUAAAUUAACUGCUAAUAGUUCUGAUGAUGAUGAGAAGAAAGUAAUGGAUACUGAUGACCAUGCUAGUCCUUCCUUGUUACCUUUGCCAACUGAAGCUGUGGUGCGUUGGCUUUCUUCUCCAUCUAACAAGGGAAAGAAAAAUCCGAGUCAAAAGUUUGAACAUGGACUAAAUCAAAGUCAAGGACUAGGAGAAUCGACAACUCUUGCUUCUAGUACUUCACUAUCAUCCAGUUCUAAAACUUUUUGGAAUGUAAGUGAUAGCAGUGAUUUGUCUUGUGGUGCUGAUGGCAUCAUGAGAAAAAUCAGUUCUUUAAUUUCUCCAAGUGGACUUGCUGAAUUUCAAGUACCUUCUAAUUACAAAUUAUCGCCUUCAUAUUCAUCCUUAUUGUUUUCUCCCAAUCCCACACCUAUUUGUAGGGCAGGUAGCUCAGGGAAAAGUAAACGUGAUAGAUACAAUCUCAUUGAUGAGAAUUCUCCCUUCUCCCUGAAUUCAUUUGGUAGUCAAAAUGUUAUUCAAACUCCAGAGUCAGAUUGUAGUUCAUAUUUACAUGUUGGAUUGUCAUUGGUGCAUACAGACAAUCUAAAGGGAGAUGAUUCUAACCCUGACCUUAACAAAUCAAGCAAAAUGCUUCUAUCAGAAAACUUCCUUAAUAGCUCUAUACUACUGGAGGAUUCUGUUAAUUCAAGUUUCCAAUUUGAUUGUUUAACUGUGCCUCAUGAAUCUAUUGAUCUCAGCAAACAUCCAAAUUUUUUGGAUGAUCAGGAUCCUUGGUUAUCUAGUUCUACAACAGAGAAUGCAUCACAAUCCCAAAUGAGGGUAUCAUGGAGGGAAGGGUUAAUGAGCCAACUUUAUGAGCUGGAUGAGUUUGACUGCUGCAGAUGCUUAUCGGAUGAAGAAGAGAUUGCCAAUGACUCUGGUACCGAUAGGUUUUCAGGUCCUCAAGUCAAUGUUGAAACAAAUGACGGAAAAAAAUUGAACAGUGAUGUUGGAAUCACUGAAACUGAGGAUAAUGAGCUGGAAAUUGAUGGCCUUGGCAAAGACAAUAUUUCAGCUUUAAUAUCAUGUUCUGGUGCUGAAUCUAUCAGCACUGAUGGUGGUGGUCUAGUUGCUUCAGGGGAGGAUCCAGACUGGACUUUAUGCCAUGUUAACAAGUUAUUUGAAGUGUGAGUCUACACGUCAUUGUUUGUUCCAUUCAUAAAAAAAAACUUGUCAUGUAACACCCCUCCCCCAAAAGAAAAAUGUCAAAGGUGGUGAUCUAGUUACUAUUUGAACAAGGUCUUAACUUCCUCUAUGGCAAUGUGGAAAUUCACCUCGCUCAUAAUGUGCACUUGUCUUGUAUAUAAUGGGUGAAGGAAGAAUUUCAACUUGGUGGAAGCAAAAUUUUUUCUACUUUCAAUUUAGGAAUAAUUAACUGCUCAAGUGGUUAAUCAAAUCAAUUGUGGCUACUUUUUAACCACUCUUUGAACAUCAUUAACUGGUUGAGUAAUUAAUACUUCCUAAACUAUAAAAUUUUUAGACAAUUUUUUUUUUAAUUUACCCUACUCUUUUUCCUUCUUAGUUUUUCCAUUCUUGAAUUUAGUGAAAUUUGUCUUUCACUCACCUAUUGGUUAACCUACAUGGAAACCAUUCAUAAAAUAUUGUGUAUCAGUUUUUAUUGCUUUGGACAAUGUGUCUCUAAUUUGUUUAUUGGCUAGAGGAAAUUUAUACCAGCUUCAUUCAAGUCA